AUGGCGGCCUACGCAGCCUUGGUUUCUCUAAUGCAUAUCAUAGACGACCUUGAGAGCCAUCAUUCCCCUCCGAUUUCUCUCGACAAACAACAAGUUCAAUCCCUCACUGAAAAUGUCAUGUUCUUGCAGGAGUUUCUCGAAGCUUAUAACUCCCCUGUUUCCGACGAAGCAGAUCCCUUUGAGAUGCGUAUUGCAGAUGCAGCUUAUGCAGCUGAAGACGCCAUCGAAUUUCAUAUCGUGGCAAAGAUUCAGCUGAGCAGAUCCACAGAAACCAUUCGCAGCCGCUUCUUCAGCUGCUUUCGAGCUGAGGAAGAGAUGAACCUGUUUCGAGAUGUGCAAAAUGCGAUACAAGAAAUGGAUCAGAUCAAGAGUUUGGCGAUGCAGAGGGAUACAGAGAAGGUGGUGAUCCAUGAUAAGAGGCGUAGCUUCGUCUCUGCUUCUUCUUCCACUGGGAAGAACAAUAGUGGCAUGGUGGUGUGGUCCGAGGGUGUCGUGAAUGGAAUCUUGGAAAGGCUCUUUUCGGACCAACGCGAACGCCAAGUCAUUCCGAUCACAGGAAUGGGCGGGAUAGGUAAGACCACUCUUGCCAAAACUGUUUAUUCGAAGAAAAUUAUUGAGCAUCGUUUUGAUGUUUGUGCUUGGACUACUAUUUCUCAACAAUACAACACAAGGGAAAUUCUUUGUGAACUUGUUUCUCAAGCCACUAAAAAAAGCAAGGAACAACUGAGUGAAAAGAGUGAAGAUGAACUAGGAUUAGAGCUCCACCAGUAUUUGUCAGGCAGAAGGUUUCUAAUUGUGAUGGAUGAUAUGUGGAGUAUCGAAGCAUGGGAUAGGAUACAACGUUUCUUUCCCGAAAAUGAGAAUUAUAGUCGUAUAUUAGUGACGACUAGGCUUUCCCACUUGAGUUCCCAGUUGAACGACAACUAUAGCCUUCAAAUGGAAUUUUUAGAUGAGGUUAGAAGCUAG